UUUAUGACAAAGGCCAGAUAUUUUAACGUAAUAAUCGAAGGUUUUCGAGGCGUAAAAGUGUGGCUAGCUAGUGCUAUAGCAACAGUCAUUGGCAAUGAUAUUAACGAUAGCUAGCUUGUGCAUACAUAUACUAAAAAUGAAAGUUAUUUUUGUUUUUACAAAUAAUGUCGUUAAAUUACGAAUUAUAUUAAGUAGCUGUUCAUUUAUGUCGGUUUCGUUAAGUCGACGUCUCUUCGGCCUGUUCGAACUCAUGUUAGCCUAUUAGCUGCUAUGUCAUGCUCACUUAAACUAGGCUGCUGUGAGGUUUAUUUCUAGUGAUCAAUGAGCAUUGGCGUUUGAGAAUAUGGUUAACUUGUGCUAAAAUGAGCUUUUGGUCAUAAAUAACCAAUGGCUUCGUCUAGUUUCUGGUUGGUUGGCCUUUCAAUACGCCCACAAAGAGAUACACAUGGGUGUAAUCAACCAGACCUGUGCAUGUCUCAUAUAUGCUAGUCGUAUAUUAGAUUAAAUCAUGCAUUAAAGUAAUUAUAAGUGAUCGGAUUUGCUCCUGGCAUCAUGCAUGCACCGGCUGAAAGCAUCAGUUUCUUAUGUUGAGAUCUUCAUUGGGCGCAUGUGUGCUGAAUAUGAGGAAAUGUCUGGACUGGGGCAGGAAAAACAGCCCUGCAGUAUUUGGGCAUGGUCGCUAUCCGAUUGACCUGACAACAGUUUCAUGAGUGGCUGUAUUUUCGAAAUGGGGAAAAAUAUCUUGAGCGUUUAGACGUGGGAGAAUUAGGCGCUUGCGUGGUUUCAUUUUGUGUUUACAGUCUGUCGCUGUACGUGUAAACCUGGCCUAAAUAUGUCAGUUUGUAGUGAAACUGAUGAUCAUUUACAGUCAUGUGAUGAAUUGAAUGUUUACCAAGCUUCAGGUCCAGGAGGGUUCUGAAUGCGGUUUGAUAGUCCGGUGUGGUUGAGACAUGGCAGAAGAUCAGUUAAAGGCAGACGCCUCGGCUGGGGAGGGGGAGACGGAGCCCAGUAUGCUGCUGCAGAAGCUUAAAAGCAACAUUUCUAAAAAUGUACAGGGCAAAGUGGACAAAAUUUUGGAAGAUGUACAGCGUUUCUCUGACAACGACAAGCUCUACCUUUAUCUACAGCUACCCUCAGGUCCAGGUGCAGGAGAGAAGAGUGGUGAGUCAAACUCGGUCAACACAGCAGACCAGCUUCACACCUGCAACUGGAUCCGUAGCCACUUGGAAGAACAUCCUGACACCUGCCUGCCUAAACAAGAUGUUUACGAGACAUACCGGAAGCACUGUGACAACUUACAGCAUCGGCCUCUAAGUGCAGCAAAUUUUGGCAAAAUCAUCCGAGACAUCUUCCCAAACAUUAAAGCGCGAAGACUGGGUGGCAGAGGACAGUCCAAAUACUGCUAUAGUGGGAUACGUCGAAAGACCGUGUUAAACAUGCCAUUACUGCCCAACCUGGACCUCAAAAAUGACCCGUCUGAACUGACAGAACUGGUGCAAACCUACAAGCAAGAGGUCACUGAAGCAGCCUGUGAACUUAUCUGUGACUGGGCCCAGAAGAUCCUGAAGCGCUCUUUUGACACGGUGGUAGAAAUCGCACGCUUCCUCGUACAGGAGCACAUCGUCAACCCACGCUGCAGCCAAGCCGAACUUGUCACUUCAGCUGCUCUGGCAGGCGGACCCUCCAAACCUCAUAAAGUAAUCAAAAAGAUUCCAGCAGCUUCCCGAGCAGGUGGAGCAGAAGAAGAUAAUGUCAGUGCAGAAAAUAAGCAAAAAGAGAAAGAUGGUGUGGAACAGCCGCCAUCCAAUAAGCAGCAGGUCAGUGAUAAACCAACCAAUAAGGUUGAGUCUGCUCGAGUGGAGGCUUUUAUGAAGAAGCUGCCUCAGCUCCUUCCCAGAGGCACCGUUCCAGAGAAAACCUCCCCACCGUGUCUUGCACCAGCCGAUUCGGGCAGCGUUCAAGUCACUCUGCCUAUCACAGUCGCAACGAUACCCUCUCAACCAGGCGGCACCGUCCCUGUCAUGAUUCUGCCAUCAGGCAUGAGUCUGUCUUACCCAGAGCGUGAGAAAACAUCAGUCACGGUCGCCACUUCCGCAGCUCCGACUCCAGUCGUCCAGAGAGCGCGACCGGCGGCUCCUAAGCGGGGCCCUGACCCCACCACCUCAGUGACAGCUGUUGGUGUUGCUCCGAAACGUAAAAGAGGACGACCCAGAAAGCAAAGACCAGAAGACAUGGCACCGCAGCUGCCGUCAGCCCCAACCUCAAAUCCAAAUCCAGCUUUGCUCACGAGAGGAGUAAUCCAAAAGGCCUUGCCUUCCUGUGCACCUGCCACUCCUUCACAGCUGGUGGAAAUAUUGAUCCAGGACCAGCAAGGCUUGAUGCUUAGCCAACUUCCGACCAUCCAGGAAGUGACAGACGCUGAGCAUAGAGGUGUAGUGGUGCAAUGUCAACCUGCAGCAGAACCUGAGAAGCAGCAGUCCGUCCUGCUAAUGCAAGGGCCCAACCAACCGGGUUACGAGCUGAGCCGCAGGAUGGUCAUCCAGCGUGCGCCGUUAUCCAGAGAAGGAAGGGCAGCUCCCCAAGAAGUGCCACAGUCCACCAUUUCGUACCUCCCGCCGGCAAUGUUAUUAGAGGACAGAGGAGAAGUGGAAAUUACUCUGACUCCUGUGGAGCCACAGGUCGAUUCCAUGCUAAACUCAGCCGGUAUUGCCAGCUCCUUCUGCUCCUCGUUUGGAGAAACCCCAAAACCAGACGCCCCAUAACAGCAGCCCAGCACCCGACUCCCUGAUCUCAAUGUGCAAUGCCUUUCCAGUGCUUCUGUGAAUUGCAUACUAGUUUGUAGUCAAACUGAGGUAUACCAUCUUGGCUGAGCUUGACGGGGUGUGUCUGCUUUCUGUGUAAAAUGAUGUAUAGAAGUAAAACCUGUCAUUGUUGCCUUCAAACAGCAACUACACUCAUAUUUUCAUAUGAUUAAUACAAAACACAAGUGAAUUCCUGAAGACUCAGGAGUGCUUUUGAAGAGUGCUGGAGUGCUUUUGAAGAGAUUAUGAAUUUAAGUGGCCUAGAACAAAAGUUUAGACUGUUUUGACAAGAAAGAGUGAAUUUUAGAGCAUUGAAAACUGAAACGAACAGAUAUACUCACAAAUAACAGUCCAAUCUGGUCCAGCUCAGAUUUAAAACGAAAGGACAUCUAAAAAAAAAAAAAAAGUUACCAAGGAACUGCUUGCCAUCUGUUGGCGUUUUUUCACCAUUCUCAGUGCCAUAAGAGGGCAGUUGGUCUUUUUUGCUCUAACCGUCUUUGCAUGUUUGUGUUUGUAAAACAUGAAUUGAGACAUUUGAGUGUGUUUUCUAGCUGUUCAGAUGACAAAGAGUGGUAUUACGGGUUUGCAACUUCAGGGUUCUAAAAAAAGUCCCUCCCUCACCCAGUGAAUGGGUUUAUAGUUCAGCUCUGUUUUUUUUAGACGUCACAAAUAACAGAUAUACAAACUUUGAAAUUACUAAAUCAAGUUGCUGUUGUGAAGGUCGAGAAGACACUACUGGUUCAGAUGGUGCACAGUGUAGGUGGCUGGAAAAACAGAGACCUCUAAAGUCCCUUUAAAUAUGCAAAUGAGGUUGUGAUUUCGGGAUUCUUCUCAAAGCCCCGCCCCCUGCGUUCAGGUGUGUCCAGUUGUUCUCUUACAGCAGCGUAAUUUAGCACUUAACAAAUGUAAAUAGUUUAUCCGUGAGCCCAAAAGACUAUCUUCAUAGGUAAAGCGUACCAGAACUAAUUUAAAACAUUUUAUUUUCCAAAUCUAUAGCCAUUGUCACUAUAUUGCUACUAUGGAAUAUUAUUAUUAGUUACUAGUAAAGUGUGCACCGUCACCCUAAAAGCAUGUACAAAAAAUUAGAAGUUGAGACGUUAAAUUUCUGAAAUUUGAUUCUAUUAUUUAAAUUUAAACUGAAAUAUGUACUAAUUAUUUAUUUAUACAAAUUUUACAAAGCUUGAGCCACAACAGCAUCUUUUUGUGUAGAUUAUCAUGUCUUAAAGGAACACUCCACUUUUUUUGGAAAUAGGCUCAUUCUCCAACUCCCCCAGAGUUAAUA